CGGUGCUCUUGUGAACACCCCGGCACAUCAUGCUGACAUUCAAAAAGCACCUGAUCACGAAAUUGAAACUGACACACAAUAGUCACCUAGGACAACUCUGGAUUUCCCUCACCUUCAUCACCAUCCUGUGUGUUACUCUUCAAAUUGUGGGGAAUCUGCAAUCUACCUGCAAUUGCAGAUCUGAUCAGAAACUCAAGCAACUUGCCCUCCAGCAAACCACUGGCCAUGAGAACUUGUUCCAGCAGGAGAAGGGGACAAGCUCUGGCCACCAAUUUCCUGACCCUUUGGAAAGUGGCGUACCACAAAAUAGGCAGAAAAAAGUCAUGGCCAAGCCCAGGUCUGCUGAAAGCAUUCCACACAUCACAGAACUGGGCCAGAUAUUCAGCCAGCCCCAGGCCAGCAGCUUGGCCAGCCAAGAUGGGAUCUGGAAGAAAAGUCAUGGAGAAGACAGUGAGGAUGUGAGGAUCCUUCACACAACCAAGCCCCAGGACUCUGAAAGGGCACCCAAAAGGGAUCUUAUGGAUAGAACUAUGACCCCACCUCCAAGCAGAAAGCCCAGGACUAAGGCAGCGGAUCCCUUCAGCAAGAAGCUGGAAUCUACAGCAGAGAUCAUUGCCAAGGAGCAAACUUCAAGGUCACCAUUUGGGAAGGUUGCAGGAUCAUUCCAGAGCCAGGCAGAAGCCAAGGGCUCAUCCAGUCACAGGAGGGGCAGCUCUUCCACACCUGGUACAACAGCUGCUCCAGCACCAGAUUGGGUCACAAAGGCAGAGAAGCAAAAUGAGGCAGCAUCAUGGAGCACGGACAGAGAGUCACUUCAGAGCAAAAUCGCAGUUCCCAGGGCUGGAGGAGCAGGAGGAGAUGCUCUUGCCCAGAGCCUGCCAGCUGUAUCCAACUAUUCUCACACAUCUGCCUGCAAGCCCAAGACCCAUGUGGUGUUCCUGAAGGUGCACAAGAGCGCCAGCAGCACCGUCAUGAACAUCCUGUUCCGCUUUGGUGAGACGCACAACCUCACCUUCGCCCUUCCUGUCAGCGGUGCCAGCCAGCUGGGCUACCCACGCUACUUCCUGGCAGAGUCUGUGGAGGGAUUCACCGUAGGCAAUACUUUAGAGUUUAACAUCAUUUGCCACCACAUGAGGUUCCAGCAGGCACAGGUGCAGAGAGUGAUGCCAAGCUCCACCUUCUACUUCUCCAUCCUGCGGAACCCCAUCCACCUCAUGGAGUCCUCGUUCACCUACUACAAAGGCUGCUCCCCCUUCUCCCGUGCCCAGAGCCUGGAAGAGUUUCUCAGCCAGCCAGCCAGGUUUUACAACUCCUCGGCCCCCGACAGCCACUAUGCCAAGAACCUCAUGGCUUUUGACUUCGGCUUCAACCACAAUGGCAAUUUCUCUGCCAAGCACAUGCAGCUGAUGCUGCAGUACAUUGAGGAGGCCUUCGACCUUCUCCUCCUCUCCGAGUACUUCGACGAGUCAAUGGUGCUGCUGAAGGAGGCACUGUGCUGGGACCUGGACAGUGUCGUGUCCUUCCCACUCAACAGCAGGGAGGGAAGCACCAGGUCACCCCUUUCAGAGAGCACGGCAGAGAAGAUAAAGAGCUGGAACAGGCUUGACUGGGCAAUCUACAGACACUUCAACAGGACCUUCUGGCAGAGGAUCGACUGGAGCAUGGGCCGGGAGCGCAUGCAGCAGGAAGUGAGGAUGCUGCGGGAAAGACGAGAGCAGCUGGCCAAGACCUGCCUUCAAGGGGAGGGCAGUGUAGGCCCCCGCAAGCUCAGGGACAAGUCACUGGCACCGCUGCAGUAUGGCAAGGCCACAAUUCUAGGCUAUAAUCUGAAGCCAGGGCUGGACGAGGUGAUGGGGAGGCUCUGUCGGCGCAUGGUGACACCUGAACUGCAGUACAGCAGAUCCCUGUACAGGACACAGUUCCCUGAGAAGGCCCAGCGGAUCUACAAACCAGCUCAUCCACCUGAGUUACACAACGGGAAGAUGGGCUGA